CUCCGUUUUGCAUUUUGUGACUGUCUAGCGUCUUAACGAUGUUUGCUCAGAAGAUACCCUCUGCCUCAUUUGAGGACAUUUCCCCGCUAGCGGAAGCCUCUGCUGAGGUGUAUUCCAAGUGCUGUAGUUCCAUGGCUGAAGACUGCAUGCAGAAGGAGUUAUCAGAACUCACCACAAAAAUCUGCACUAAACUAUCAUCCAAGGACGAAAAAAUUUCUGAUUGUUGCAAAGGAAAAAAUCUCCUGGAAAACUACUUGUGCAUAUAUUCACUGCAACCUGCUAAAUCCCCUCAACUGCCGGAAAUCCAAAGACCCACAGACGAACAGCUGUGCACGAACGAUGGGAGCCAUCCGAUGGAUCAAUUCACAUUUGAGAUAGCGCGAAGGCAAACCAACAUCCCAGAGGUGUUCCUAAGUAAGGUGUAUGAUGCAACCCAUAAUCUUGUCAAUGGAUGCUGUACCGCUGCGGAUUCCAUGGCUUGUGUCUCUAGCAAGAGGCCACAGCUGAGAGGGGAGAUAUCAAAAUUCCUAACAAAGGCCGAUGAGCUAUGUGGAGAAUAUAAUGACCUGACGUUCCUUGAAUUCAAACAGAGACUAAAAGAAAGCUUCAGCAAGACCAUGCCUGAUGCAACCCCAGCCUCCCUUACAGAGCUGGUGGAGUGGAGAGCCAAUUUCGCCUCCACGUGCUGUAUUAUGAAUGCACCUCCAGUGUACUGUGGCUUGAAGAUUAACGCUGAAGUUGGACACACAUGUGACCACGAUUCCUGCAUGUUGAUCUAGCUGUGGAAAUGCAAACAAAAAAAACCUCCCUAGGCACAAAGUGAAAACAGCAAUUAAAAGGAAGAAUGAUCCUCCAUUUAUGGUGAUGCAUGAAGACCUCUGCUUUUCCUGAGUCACAAGAACUAAGAGCUUGAAUCAAUCUCACGGCUUCUUAUCUAUUAGUACAGCAAUGUGACUAGUGUAUAUUGCAACCUCAAUAAAGGCUUCAUGAGCA